GAAACAUGGCGGGAGAAACUGUGAUCUUAGCCUACUCUGGAGGCCUGGAUACGAGCUGUAUCCUCAAGUGGUUGUUGGAUCAGAAGUAUGAUGUCAUCUGCGUUCUGGCUGAUGUGGGCCAAAAAGAGGACUUUGUCGCAGCAGAGAAAAAGGCUCUGAAAAUAGGAGCCAAAAAGGUAAUUGUAUCUGAUGUCAAGAAAACUUUCGUGGAGGACUACAUCUGGCCGGCUAUCCAGAUGGGUCUCGUUUACGAGGAGCGAUACCUAUUGGGCACUUCGCUAGCCCGGCCCUGCAUCAGUGUGGCUCUUAUGGAGGCAGCCAAUCAGUGUGGCGCCAAGUAUCUGGCUCACGGUGCCACAGGAAAAGGCAACGACCAGGUGCGCUUCGAGCUUUGUGCCUAUGCUCUUCAGCCGGACUUAAAAAUAAUAGCACCUUGGCGAAACGAGGAGUUCUGUCGCCGCUUUCAGGGCCGUCAGGACCUUAUCGCCUACGCCCAAAAGCACGGCAUCGAGGUGAGUGCCAAGCCGGCCACUCCCUGGAGCACCGACGCUAACAUUCUUCACAUCAGCUACGAGUCCGGGAUACUCGAGGAACCCAAUACCGUGGCGCCUAGCAGCCUGUACGAGAUGACCGUCGAUCCGCUGACCCAAGCACCAAGUCAACCCGCUCGUCUCUCCAUCGAGUUCCGCCAGGGGCUGCCCACCAGCGUUAAGAAUUUGUCCAACGGUCAGGUGUUUAGUCAGCCCCUGGAGAUUCUACGUUUCCUGAACAAACUGGGAGGUUCCUAUGGCAUCGGGCGGAUUGACAUUGUGGAAAAUCGGUAUGUGGGCCUAAAAUCCCGAGGAGUGUACGAGACGCCGGGUGGAAAUAUUCUUUUUACGGCCCACCAGGACCUAGAGGUAUUCGCUCUGGACCGGGAGGUGCUUCGCACAAAGCAAAUCCUAAGGGACCGCAUGGCUGACUAUGUGUACAAUGGAUUUUGGUUUAGUCCGGAGGCCAUUUAUGUUCGCAAGUGCAUUGAACUGGCGGAAGAGAGGGUGUCCGGGCAAGUGACCGUGGAAUUGGCUCCCGGCUACUGCCGCGCCAUCGCCCGAAAGGCUGCUGACGAGGUGGGUGCCUUGUACAAUGAGCAACUAGUCUCAAUGGAUGUCCAUGGGGGAUACGUGCCUCAGGACGCUGGUGGCUUCAUUGCCAUUAAUGCGGUGCGAAUUCGGGAGCAUGUUCGCGCAUUUGGGCCUUACCAAAUUCCUAAAAAGUCUAAAUAAAAUAAAAAUGAAAGAAUUUUAUAUAUCAA